UCUAUUUGUCAGACUACUCUUCUCAAGAAGUCUUUCAAAAGACAAAGCAAAAGAACCUUUGAAAUCUCUCUCUCGCUUUCUCUCUCUAGUAAAACCUCUCCAUAUCCUGCAAGUGGUGCAGAAAGUUGCGUCUCAGAUCCCAAUAUAUACACACCUCCCCCUCUCUCUCUCACAAUUAAAGACACAAGGGGUGAAGGGUUUCUGUUUUCUGUUGUGACCCAGCUUCCAAAACCCUCAAAUGCAAGAACCGGCAGGGUUGGGCAUCAUGGGUGGCGGUGGUGACAUUCCAGAUGAGCAGAACCACCAUCUGAAGGCGGAGAUAGCCACACACCCACUAUACGAGCAGCUCCUGGCAGCACACGUGUCGUGUCUCCGCGUGGCGACGCCGAUCGAUCAGUUGCCGCUUAUUGACGCCCAAUUAGCGCAGUCUCACCACAUACUCAGGUCAUAUGCUUCUUCACACCAUGACCAGUACUCUCUCUCCCCACAUGAGAGGCAAGACCUCGACAACUUCUUGUCACAGUACUAUAUAGUGUUGUGUACUUUUAAAGAACAGCUGCAACAACAUGUUAGAGUCCACGCCGUUGAAGCUGUCAUGGCCUGCCGGGAAAUAGAGAGCACUUUACAUGCCCUCACAGGGGCAAGUCUUGGUGAAGGUAGUGGUGCAACAAUGUCAGACGAUGAGGAUGAGCUGCAGAUGGACUUCUCUUUAGACCAGUCUGCUGGUGUUGAUGGGCAUGACAUGAUGGGAUCAUUUGGUCCUCUAAUCCCAACUGAAUCCGAAAGGUCCCUAAUGGAAAGGGUUCGCCACGAACUCAAGAUAGAACUCAAGCAGGGAUUCAAAUCAAGAAUUGAAGAUGUGAGGGAGGAGAUAUUGAGAAAAAGAAGGGCUGGUAAACUACCUGGUGACACUACUACUGUCCUCAAAGACUGGUGGCAGCAGCACUCUAAAUGGCCAUAUCCAACUGAGGAUGACAAGGCAAAGCUGGUGGAGGAGACGGGGUUGCAGCUGAAGCAAAUCAACAACUGGUUCAUCAACCAAAGGAAGAGAAAUUGGCACAGCAGCUCUCAGUCUGUGACGUCUUUGAAGUCCAAGCGCAAGAGGUAGUUGUUGAAGGUAUAAAUAUUUGCAAGACAUGGCAUGGAUGAAGAGAAACUUAGUUUUGUGUUGAUAAUAGUAGUAGCAUUUUAUGUAUUUCUCACAGAAAUAAAUGUAAAAUAUAAUGUCUAAUGUACGUGUACUAAGAAUUUGUAGAAUAUUCAUGUCCUUUAUAGAGGAAGGAUACCCAAAUUAUCAGGGGCAGACGCAGAAUUUUGUUUCAA